AUGGCGGACAGUGCGAGGCCSGAGUUGAGUCAAAUGUCUUGYGGAGAUUUUAGUGAAUUUAAGUUUUUUCGUUUCUAGGAGGCYCURAAAGUAUUACGCCUWSUUGACGAUAAGAUUAUUUACAAACUUAAUACUAGUGUACCUACUGUUAGCUUCUCUCAAGAAGUGGACGCUGAAAAGAAAUGUAGAGAAUUGUAUGCAGAGUUAUUACAGGCAAAUAAAUCUAGAGAGAAUGCAAUCAAAAGAUGUAUUCAUGAAGUUUCUAAUAACAUCAGACAAAUGAAAGAUCAACGAGAAGUUGAUCCUGACAACUAUGAGUUGAUGAAGAAACUUAAUGGUGAACAGACAAAGUUGAGGCUAAUGCAUUCUGAACUUAGUGUAGAAGAAAUCCUUAAACCACGUACCUUAAAGAUAUUUAAUGAGAAGUGUUGGAAAUCCUUCAAGCCACCCAAAUGACAUUGAAUUAGAGCAAAUCCUAUCCAAUCUCACUUCACUUCAUCUUUUACUUUGUUCAAAAAGUGCAGUUUUUAUUAAAUAAAAACAUUUAUUGUA